AAGUGAGAAAGUGGGGUUAUCUUCUGUAGCAGGAAGAGGUAGUUAACGGUUUAACUGGGAACCAAGAGUUAUGGUGUUAAGAGUGAGAUAUCGGUUAUUUAAAAGUGUCUUCAAUGAUUGGAGUCAAGUUAAGAGGCUGGGCAGUUCCCGUGGCGGGGGGCUGAGCUACUUCCACAACCCUGGGACAGAACCCCUCCACUACCUGACCAUCGGUCAGCUGGUGACGGGGGCAGCUGGGAGAUGGCCCGAUACCGAUGUGUUCGUCUCCACUCAACACGGCACCAGGCUUACCUUUAGUCAAGUGGAACAACAGGCCAAUAAGCUGGCGGCAGGAUUCCUAGACCUGGGGUUGGUGCCUGGGGACCGUCUGGGGAUCUGCAGUCCAAACUCUGCCCAGUGGUUCCUUACUGCUCUUGCUGCUUCUAAGGCGGGACUCAUCCUGGUCAGUGAUGAUCCACUGCAGACCGUAAACGUGGUGUCGAUGAACCCUGCCUAUAUGAAGGAAGAACUGGAGUACUGCCUGCAGAAGGUGUCUGUCAGAGCCCUGGUGACAGACGAGACCUACAAGGUACAGGAGUACUACAAGCUGUUGUGUGAGAUUGUGCCUAACCUUUCUGACCUUCCCCAGAACACAAAACUCAACUGCAGCAAGCUUCCAGACUUCUCGGCCAUCAUCGUCAACUCUGAAAAGAAUCUCCCAGGAACAUUCAGGUUUUGCGACGUUCUCGAAAGUGCCGGCAACCUUCAAAGGCUGCAUGAAGUACAGGAGCGCCUGCGGCCUGAACAUAUCGGAAACAUUCAGUUUACAUCAGGAACCACAGGGAAGCCAAAGGCUGUUCCACUCAGUCAUUUCAACCUAAUCAACAAUGCUUACAAUGUUGGAAAACGACUUGGAAUGAACAAGAAGCACAGCAAAAUUCUCGCUCAGGCACCAUUCUUCCAUGCGUUGGGUUACAUAGCUGCCUUGAUGACCAGCUUCCACUUCGGUUCCACGAUGGUCCUCCCUUCUCCCACCUUCAGUGUACCCGACUCUUCCGAGGCCAUCAAGCGGGAGAAGUGCACCAUGCUGCUGGGUACUCCCACCAUGUACGUAGACCUCUGCAACUACGUCAGCAACCUCUCUGCUGAGGAACAGCUGCUGCACAAGUCCCCAGAGAUCGCUAUCAGCGGAGGUUCUCUCUGUCUGCCUGAACUCUUCCGGAAGAUGAGAGACACCUUCUCCUGCGAGAGGGUUGUCUCUGUGUACGGGAUGACGGAGAUCACAGCAGUUACCUUCCAGUCUACAGAACAUGACUCGGAGUUCCUGAUGACUUCAACUGUAGGCAAGAUCUCUGACCAUGUUGAGGCAAAGGUGGUGGACGAGGAGGGGUUGACUGUUCCCUUCGGCACGCCAGGGGAGUUGUGGAUGCGAUCCUUCAACACCAUGACCGGAUACUGGGAGGAUGAGGAGGCCACCAAUCGAAUGUUCACCAAGGACAAGUGGCUCAAGACGGGGGACAGAUUUAUUCUCCAUGAAGAUGGAUACGGCCAAGUGGUUGGCAGAAUCAAAGACAUGAUAAUUCGAGGUGGAGAAAACAUCUCGCCAAAGGAGGUUGAAGAAUUCCUCAUAACUCACCCAGACAUAUUAGAUGCCCAGGUCAUUGGGGUCACUAGUGAGAGACUAGGAGAGGAAGUGGCCUGCAGUCUGAGAGUCAAGUCUGGGACCACCAUCACAGAGCAGCAAGUCAAAGACUACUGCAAGGGAAAGAUUUCCUACUACAAAAUUCCCAAAUAUGUUGAAGUAGUCGAUGUUUAUCCCACAACCGGUUCUGGUAAGAUUCAGAAGUUCAAGAUUCGAGAGGCAAUGGAGAAGAAAUUAGGAAUUAAUAAAUAGUUUGUUUUGA